AGUGCUCAGCAUCUUCUGAGAGCUGCGCGAGGGAGAGAAGAGGAGGAAGAGGGGGAGAGACGGGGAAAGGGCGCAAGACAAACAGGGGAAAUCACAAUAAUGGAGUGGCGGCGGAAGAGGUUGGUUUCGCGAGCUCGGACUCUUCAUAUUUGACAUUUACAUUUUCUGUAAAUUGAAUCUAAAUUCUGUUUUAACGGGCUGUGCGCCGAUAUCUCCAGUAGCCUAGCUCACCUAGCUCAAGAAGCCCUCCACAGAUGCAGCAAAUGCUACAUGUAAACGGGGGAUCCACCACUGGCACUAGGCAACGGUUUAUCAAUUCUGGUGGGCUUGAAUUAGAAUACUAAAGGACAUAUUUUGAAGGUAGCAUUGGUUGAGUAGAUUACAAAACCAUUGACCGUUUUACUGUGAAAUAUUGUAUUUUGGACUCCACUUGUUUUUUCCAAAAAGGAAAUGUUAGGCAUUAUAAAUGAUUAAUUAACAGUAUAUCUAUUCAUGUCUCAUUUCAACAAUGUGUAACCAUGUAGGUUCGCAGGUUGAAUGUACAAUGUUUUGGUAAAUUAAAAUAAAGGCUAGUUAAUAAUAAUAACAACAAUAAUAAUAAUAAUAAAUCAACGUCUUUGAAAUGGAUUUCUUCUGAAAAGCUACAUUGCUACCAAAUGACAAGCACACCUUUGGGAACUCGUGGAAACAACCAGAGACGAGCAAAAACUGUGAGUGAGUCACUGAAAUAAACUAAAGAAACCUAUAGUGGAAAACAUGUUGCCUUCACAAGAAGCGGCCAAGAUUUACCAUGACAACUACAUGCGGAACUCCCGUGCCAUCGGAGUACUCUGGGCGAUAUUCACCAUAUGCUUUGCCAUCAUCAACGUGGUGGUCUUCAUUCAGCCCUACUGGAUCGGGGACAGCGUGAGCACGCCGCAGGUGGGUUACUUCGGUUUGUUUCACCAGUGCGUUGGGAGUGGACCGCCCAACCGAGAGCUCGACUGCACGGGCAGCUUUACUGAGUUCAGCUCCAUCCCCUCCGGUGCCUUCAAAGCGGCCUCGUUCUUUGUACUGAUGUCCAUGAUUCUGAUUCUGGGCUGCAUCGCCUGUAUGGCGCUCUUCUUCUUCUGCAACACCGCCAGCGUCUACAAGACCUGUGCCUGGAUGCAGCUCCUAUGUGCUGUAUGCCUGGUGUUGGGCUGUAUAAUCUUUCCGAGCGGCUGGGAUGCGGAGGUGGUGCGGGACCUGUGUGGGGAGGAGACGGGGAAGUAUACGCUGGGUAACUGCUCUGUCCGCUGGGCUUAUAUCCUGGCUAUUAUGGGCAUCCUGGACGCCCUGAUCCUGUCCUUCCUGGCCUUCGUUUUGGGGAACAGGCAGAACGACAUGUUCCUGGAGGAACUCAAGGCUGACAACAAUAAAGAUUUCGCUGUGUCCAAGGUAAGUGACUUUAUUGAGGUCCGGGACAGAAGACGUGACCCAAGGUAUGUUGCAGUCCAGAGGUUCCACUGAGGAGCUCCUUGCCUUGGAUGACCGCACCCUGAGAGCCUCCUUGCCUUGGGUGACCCCCCUCUUAGAGGAUCCCUGCCUUGGAUGACCCCCCUGUGAGGGGAUCCUUGCCUUGGAUGACCCCCCUCUCCUCUACUCCCUCUCAUCCAGUCAUCAGGCUAAUAUCCAACCUGGCUCCAUGUGCAGACCACAUGUACAACAUUCUGUAAUAUAAAACUGGGAGAAACUAUAUUUUACAUAGUAUUAUGUUGUAAAGUUCAUUAACACUACUAUAAAAAAAAGACUAUAUUUGCAUAUAAAAUGUGUCCAAAUGGAACUAUACUUUGCAGCUUUACAGAAAUAGACCUCUGGGAAUUUAGAUACUGUACAUACAAGGCAAUGUAUAUAUUUGGAACGAUACAAUGAGCAGCAAACUAUAUAACCCUUCAAUGGAAAUGUGUUCAGUGUAUUUCUACCCUUGGCAAAAUGAUUUGAGUACAAAAAGUAGAAUAAAGCAGAACAAAACAAACAUUUUGUAAACAUUUAAUAGACCCCAUAAAUCUGAAGCGUUUGGAGUCUUUUUAAAGGUAUUUACUGUCAAGCAAUUAAAAGUAGAGAAUAUUUUCUGAAAUGAUUCAUCUGAAACAGGGUAGGCUAAAGAAAUGAUUCAUCUGAAACAGGGUAGGCUAAAGAAAUGAUUCAUCUGAAACAGGGUAGGCUAAAGAAAUGAUUCAUCUGAAACAGGGUAGAAUAGAGAAACAGUGUAGACUAAAGAAACAGGGUAGACUAAAUAAAUGAUUAACCCGAAACAGGGUCGACUAAAGAAAUGAUUCAUCUGAAACAGGGUAGAAUAGAGAAACAGUGUAGACUAAAGAAACAGGGUAGACUAAAUAAAUGAUUCAUCUGAAACAGGGUAAGCUAAAGAAAUGAUCUGGUACACUAGAUACAGUAGAUGUCAGGAAAACAUAUUUGAGAUAUUAGUCCUCUCAGAAGGAAGCCCUGUCUGCUGCAUUCCCCUCAGGUCCCUCAGCACCGAGACACUGGGGCCACAUGUCUCCACCACACCAUCCUAGCAGGCUUUCUACUGCACAUUGCAGUGACCAACACGCACUGGGCCUGUGUGGAUUUAACCUGUUAACCCCACAAUGGGGAAAGAAUACUGGGAAAAAUCAUCAUCUAUGUAGAGGCAGUAUUUCUACCAACUUAAAAAAAUAUAUAUAUAUCAAAUAGCAUCUAGUGAAGAACUACAUGUUUACUUCUUGUUCAUAAUCCUUGCUACACUGUACAGAGUUGUUGUAAAUUGAGAAGCUAAAUGCUAUGUUAUUAGGUGGCAGCCAAUUCCCAGGAAGCUGUACUGUAGGGGAGAGUGAGGUAUGUCUAGGAAACCAUACACAAAAUAAAUCAUGUUACUAAAUAUGUAGGAAGUCUGUGUGAAGGAAGAAACCACAUGGAAAAAAUGGUAAGCAAGUUAGGUCCCAAAAAAUUACAGAUUUUCACAAAGUCAAAUAAAUGUAUUGUCUUACAGGUUUCAUGAUGCUUGUAUCUAAACCAAAGUAGGUCAUUUUAAAACUGUUUUAUACAUCAGUUGGGGUCCAUAGAAGCUACAAUAUGUGGUCCUAAAUUUUGCAUGAAAGUGCAUCUUUGUAGCAAUGUGAGCUAAUAUAGUAAAAAGUGUUGCUUUGGGGUAAAUUGUGCCAUUUUACCAGGGGUAAGUUGAGCCAAUACAAAUGAUGAUUACAUUUUGUAAGUUUUAUGCAUAAUAUACAUAGUAUUUUGAAGAGACUUCAUAUUCAUGUGAUUUUCAAAUGAUGAAAAAUGCCUUCAUCAGUUGGGUUCGGCCACCUCUAGGCCACAAUUGAAGUGUUUUCUUCUCAGACGUAAUGCAAGGCAUAUGAGGUUACACCAGGGUCUGAGCCUAUGUUAAAAGUGCUUUAAAAAGUACCAAGUGUCAUACCAAGAAAUAUGUCCCUAUGCUUACCCUGUUCCUAUGCUCUGUUUACGCCAUACCAAGAGAACACUGUUUUAGGACAAGCUAUGUUUUCAAAAUUAUUAUGGCUACGUGAAUUCUGAUUAUGUCACAACAUCUGGAAAUAUAUGCAUAUAUCUUUAUUAGAAAUAAAAAAACAAUAUUUCAUUUGACGUAGUGAUGUUAAAUGUAAAAGAUCCCAACAUACCCCGCUCUCCACUACUGUAAGACACUAAAUCAAACACUACUGUUACUCCAGAAUAGAGCCUUUGGUCUGAUUGGACAAAACAUUGCUUUUGUAAAUAUCUGUUUCUCUCCUUUGUGUUGUUAUUUUGAGAGCUUGACAACUUGUUUUCCUUAACUUAAUGAGCACACUACUGUACCUACAGAUGGGUUACACAACCAGAGACGGUUUACAUAACCAUAGAUGGGUUACAUAAACAACAACUCUUUUUUUUCUUCUGGCUCCAAAGUAAGGUUGAGCUCUGAGUGCUGUCUUUGCCCCAUCACUCAACUCAGUGGGAGGCCUCUUUGAAUUACAGUCAAUUAACAGAGUCAAGGAGAACAGUGGGCUUCAACACAAGCACACAUAAAGAAACACUGGAAUAUACAGUCACUGGCCAGUCUAUUAUUUACCAUCUAGUACCGGGUCGGACACCCCCUUUGGAUCCAGAAUGGCCUGAAUUAUUUGGGGCAUUCUACAUGGCGUCAGAAGAGUUCCACAGGGAUGUUUGUCCUUGCAGACGUGAUGGCAUCACGCAGUUGCUGCGGAUUGGACGGCGAUACGUUAAUUCCAUCUCAUCCCAAGGAUAUUCUGCUCUAUUGGGUGGAGGUCUGGGGACUGAGUGACCAGGCCACUCAAACUGAACUCACUGUCAUGUUCCAGGCCAUAUUUUUACACUCCUCAAUUGUCCAGUGUUAGUGAUCAAGUGCCAAAUGGAGCCGCUUCUCCUUGUUUUCAGCUGAUAGGAGUGGAACCCGGUGUGAUCGUCUGCAAUAGCCCAUCCAUGACAAGGAUCAACGAGUUGGGCAUUUUGAGAUGCCGCUCUGCACCCCACUGUUGUACUGCACCGUUAUUUGUCUGUUUGUGGCCCGCCUGUUAGCUUGCACGAUUCUUGCCAUUCUCCUUCGACCUCUCAUCAACGAGCUGUCUUCGCCAACAGGACUGCCGCUGACUAGAUGUUAUUUUUUUUAAUCGCUACUAUUCUCGAUAAACCAUAGACACUGUCAUGCAUGAAAAGCCCAGGAGUGCGGUCAUUUCUAUUAUACUGGAUCCGGUGCGCCUGGCACCGAUGAUCAUACCACAUUCAAAGUUGCUUAGGUCACUAGUUUUGCCAAUUCUAACGUUCAACUGAACAGUACCUGAAUGCCUCGAUGCCUGUCUACCUGCUUUAUAUAACAAGCCACGGCAACGUGACUCACUGUGUGUAGGAGCAAUCAAUUUUGGUGAAAAGGGUGGUGUCUAAUAUACUGGCCGGUGAGUGUAUAUUACAGAUAUAUCAUUUCAACCCCAAAAAUUCUUACGAUAUUUUAGAUAUCAGUUUGUACUUUUUAAAAUAUAUCUUACCAACAAAAAUGUUGACAAUAUGUUGGCAUCAUCUGAAAAAUGUAUUAAUGACAAUCUGUGGAUUUGUUGUAUAUUGAACUAUAAUACUGUAUACCAGUGGUUCCCAAACUUUUUAUAGUCCCGUACCCCUUCAAACGUUCAACCUCCAGCUGCAUCGUAUUGUAUCGUAUAGUGCGUGUGUG